AUGGCCAAGCCAGAAACCACGUCGGCGGCUGCUAUCUAUGCAGAGAAGACAUAUGUCGAGCACUCUGAUAGUGCGGGUUCCACUUCCUCGAACCAUGAUGUUAACGAGGCUCUUCAAUUCAGUCCCAAGCAGGAGAGGAAACUUCGACAUCGUGUCGACUGGCGGCUCAUACCUGCUCUCGGCCUCAUGUAUGGUGUUAGUUUAAUGGACAGAAAGAACGUCUCAAACGCCUACAUCGCUGGCUGCGUCUACCUUCUGUCAACUUGGUACACGAGAUAUGAAGUCGCUCGCCGAUACUCUAUCUUCUACCUGAUUGGUAGCUUGGCUUCUGCUCUUUCGGGUAUCCUAGCCUACGGCAUAAUGCAGAUGGAAGGUGCUUCGGGCAUUAGAGGCUGGCGAUGGAUCUUCAUCAUCGAAGGUGUAAUUACUGUUGCAUUUGCCAUCAUUGGUUAUCUCCUCAUCGUGCGAUUUCCAGAUCAGGAACGUGAUCGACCUUCCUUCAAGUUCCUCAAUACCAACGAGUGCACUUUCAUCAUCGACAAGCUGAACCGGGAUCGCGCAGACGUACAUACCGAGCCAUUCAACCUCAAGAAGUUCCUCAGACCUGCCCUCGACUUCGAAAUAUGGGGAUUUGCCCUAAUCUUUUUCUGCACGACAACCAUCACAUACUCAUUCGCCUUCUUCCUGCCGAUCGUGUUGCGAGACAAUAUCGGCUUCAGCGUGGCGGCAUCGCAAUGUCUCGUUGCGCCACCUUAUGUCCUGUCGGCAAUCUUGAUGUAUGCAACCUCUUGGGUAGGGGACCGAUACCGCACACGUGCACCCAUUAUCAUCCUCAAUACUAUCAUUUCCCUCGUCGGUCUGCCGUUGAUGGGCUUCCACCCGAGCCCAACCGCAAGAUACAUUGGCGCUUUCAUUGGCGUUGCAGGUGCAAAUGCUAAUAUUCCUGCUAUCAUGGCCUACCAAGCCAAUAACAUUCGUGGUCAAUGGAAGCGUGCUUUCUGCUCGGCUACAUUGACUGGACUGGGUGGCGUUGGUGGUAUCGCAGGUAGCCUGAUCUUUCGCAGUCAAGAUGCGCCAGGCUAUUACUGGGGUUUCGUGGGCACAAUUGUCUGCAACAUUGUCAUCAUCGUGACAUGUGUUGUUUUGAGCGGGGUCUUUUGGCAACGAAACAAGAAGGCUGCAAAAGGCGAACUGGUCAUCGAGGGCAAUGUUGACUUCAGAUAUACCCUCUGA